GGUCCGGUUCUCAAGAUAUCACGAAAUAUCCACAAUGCUGGUGCCCAACACGGCCAAGAUACCAUGCAACAAGAAGCAGCGGACCCCCAGGAUGCGCAAUUGGAAGCAUCUGAAGAUGAUCCGGAAGCUCUCGUUCGAACAACGGACUCCAGCGCUUCUUUACAGGUAGAAUAUAGUGUCCUUCUUUCCCCAACAUACCAGGUUCCCGUGCUGUAUUUUAUGUUGCGGUGUAACCAUCAGGGACCGGUUGGCAUAGACGCCGUCUACCAGAACCUGGUGCCAGACCAAUACAGAAAAGAACUGAAGAAUGUUGGUGUCAUGGGCGGUAUCAGUUUCGAUUAUCAUCCAGGGUCUGGCGCUCCGACAUUUUUUGUUCAUCCUUGCAACACCGCAGAUGCUAUGAGGGAUAUCGCAGGACAGCGGGGUAUCACACCCGACACCUACCUCCUCAUCUGGCUUGGGUUGGUCGGCAAUUGCGUGAACCUGCAUAUGCCGUGCGAGCUUUUUGCAACAAAUAGUAUGCAGGAAGAUACCCCAAUGCACCGUGGAUAG